AUGGCGGCAGCAUGGCCUGCGAGGGAAGGCACAAGGAACCAAAAUUGGGCUCAGUUCCCAGAUCUCAUGAGCGACGGCGACGGUCAAGGGCAUGAGUGGGGAUUUGAUGACUUGGAGGAUGAGUAUCGGUAUACGGAUCUCAUUGCACAUAGGCCGACUAUAGACCCAGAUUACCUUGCCAAUGACCUCGACUGGGAUAUCGAUCGCGAUCUUGGAGAUCACGACAUCGACUUGGCAUCCUCCGAUAUUGUUACGGCAGACGGCAGCAACCAUCAGCAGGAGGAGGACGAAGAUACUUUUGUUCAGUCACAUUCACAUGCAGGACGAACGUCAUCUUCAAGAAUGGGCAAUGAGCAAUCGAGCAUAAAUUCCGCACGACCAGCUUCACGUGGAAUGAACUACCUCCCGCCCGCCAGCUUGUUCACAACUCCCUCACCACGGCUGCAACAAACGCCACCAAGGCAGGGUAACAGGCACGAAGACUGGCUAGAUCGCACCACUCGCAGCACAAGCACAGCCGGCUUUGCACAAGACGACUUCUUUGACGCGGUAUCAGAUCGUACACUACGCUCUCCGGUGCACGACCUCGAAGACUUAGACAGCGACGCUUCUGAAGUAAUGCCGACCUUCACUCGCCACCGUCGAGAAAGCAUUGUGGACCUGACUGCGGAUCCCAGCUCGCCACAGCGGGCUGUACCAUCACGACCAGCGUCUCGGCCCACUAAGCGCAGUGCUGAGAAUCAGGCAUCAGCAGCUGCGUCAAGUAGCAACAGCCAUCGGGCCAAGAGACAGCGACCGAGCACGACUACUACUUCAGCUUCUGCCGCGGCCUCUCGCAGUCAGGCACAAGAUGAACCAAUUGAAGAGCUCGACCUCACUCAAUCACCUAUCUCAGCUAUGCGCGCUGCCGAACAAGCUCGUGCGGUCGCCGCUCAGCAGGCCUUGGAGCCUAGUGGGCCCCUGCGCAUCGGCCAACGCCAAUGCAUAAUCUGCAUGGAAGCCUAUACCAACGCCACUGUCACUCCGUGCGGUCAUAUCUACUGUCAUGAAUGUCUGGAUCAAGCGCUGAAGCAGGGUGAGAAGAACAGCGACAGGCAUAUCGGCACUUGUCCGGUGUGCAGACAAGAGAUCCACAGGGAUGAUAAAAAGAAGAGGAAAGGGGGUAAGCCGGUGGCGAUUGCAUUUAUGAAGAAGAGUGCUUUCAGGUCGAAGGGAAGGCCUGCUCUUGAAGCGGCGAGUGGGUGA